UUGAUCUCAAGAAAGGCUCAUGUCCAAGUGCUGCAAAGUCAAAUCUCCCCAAGCCGUGCCCGUCUGGACUUCGUCCUCCAGGUUAUUCACGGUUGCCAGCAGCUAAGCUGGCCGCAUUUGGUUUUGUCAGGAGCUCAAGCAUAUCUUCUGUCUCCAGCAACCAGUCAAAUGAGAGCACUCAGAGUGAUCAAAGCAGGACAACUAACCGUUCCAGCUUUGGAAAUGAAGAGCAAACCACUCCUAAAGCAUCUGCACCUUCUAAAGACGUCUCUAAAGGGAGCAGCAAGAGCGCGACACAGGUAUCAAACAGCACAGCAACUCCACGGAGGAGCUUACUUCCAGCACCAAAAACUGCCAUGGCACCUGCUGGUCAGAAGAAAGAAGUACAAAAAGAUCAGGAUACUAACAGACCAGCUGUCUCAUCCCCUAAGAGAUCAGCAGUAACAGCCACCAAGGUCCAUUCACCAGGACAUCCCAAGCAAAGGCCAGCCACUCCAAAGAACGGAUUGUCCCCCAAACCAGGAGAGAGUCGAGAAGCUGAAAAGCAGUUUGUUCAGAGAUUGAAGGAAAAGUAUGAUGAGCAGUCCCGGCAAUUAAGGAAUAUUCGAGAUGAGCUUAAAAGAGCCAGCUGUGGCUUUGAUGUCUUUGCUAUAACAACACAGCACUUUUUCACUCAGAAUGAAAAUGCCCUUGUGAAAAUAAAGGAGUUAGGAGUCGAGCUUGCAAAGAUCAGGGAUGAAGUUGACCUCAACACAGCGAGAUGGAAGAAACUACAGAGCGAGAAGGAGGAGCUGGAGAGGUGCUUUGAGGAGGAGGUAAAGCAGCUUCGCAGGCAGCAGCAGGAGGAGCUGCAGGCACUGGAGCAGCGGCUGCAGGAGGAAUACAACACCAAGAGGGAGAGCCUGCAGGAGCAACACAGGCUGCAGCUGGAGCAAGUCAAAUUGCAGCAUCAGGACCAGGUGGAAGAUAUCACGGCUGUACAUGACACUGCAAUGUUGCAGCUGGAGAAUAACCACAUAGUCGCCAUUACGGUGCUGCAGGAUGAAAAUGACUGCAAGAUUCAAGCACUGAAUGCUGCUCACAAACUGGAAAAGGCACAAUUAGAAGAGAAUUUUGAAAAACUACGUCUGUCACUCCAGGACCAGAUAGACACACUCACCUUCCAGAACCAAUCUCUUAAGGCCAAAGCUGACCGAUUUGAAGAGGCUCUGAAGAAAAACACUGAGGAACAACUGAAGAUUGUACGAGCUCCAUAUCUGCACGUAGAAAAAGAUCUAAAAAGCUUAAAACAUGUUCUGGAAAUGAAGAACCUUCAGAUUCACCAACAGGAGAAGAUGAUUAUGGAGCUAGAAAAGCAGGCUGAAAGAAAUUUAAAACUGGAAGAAAAAAUCACUAUGCUGCAACAGCAGAAUGAAGAACUCAGAGCCAGGAUUGAGCAAAAUACUGUCAUAACAAGGCAAUUGUCAGAGGAGAAUGCUAAUCUUCAAGAAUACGUUGAGAAAGAAGUGGAGGAGAAGAAGAAGCUGAGCAGGACUAAUGAAGAGCUCCUCUGGAAGCUGCAGGAGGGAGAUGCUGUGAGUCCCGUGAAACUCCCACCCACAUCGCCCACUUCUUUCUAUCGCUGCUCAUCAGGGAACUCCUCUCCAGCAAAAGUCCGAACCCUGCGGCGAUGA